ACUGCUUCUCUCAAGGGUCAACGACAAGCAAUCGCCCAACCAACAACCUGUCAAAAUGCCUCCCAAGUCCGGUAAGAAGGCGGCCCCCGCGCCCUUCCCCCAGUCCAAGGCUGGCAAGAAGGCCCCCAAGAACCCUCUCAUCGAGAAGCGUCCCCGCAACUUCGGUAUCGGCCAGGACAUCCAGCCCAAGCGCAAUGUCUCCCGCAUGGUGAAGUGGCCCGAGUAUGUCCGCCUCCAGCGCCAAAAGAAGAUCCUCAACAUGCGCCUCAAGGUGCCUCCUGCGAUCGCCCAGUUCCAGCAGGUCCUCGACAAGAACACCGCUGCCCAGGCUUUCAAGCUCCUCAACAAGUACCGCCCUGAGACCAAGACGGAGAAGAAGGAGCGUCUGCUGAAGGAGGCCACCGCCAUCAAGGAGGGCAAGAAGAAGGAGGAUGUCUCCAAGAAGCCCUACGCCGCCAAGUACGGUCUCAACCACGUCGUUGGCCUGAUCGAGAACAAGAAGGCUUCCCUGGUCCUCAUCCCCAACGAUGUUGACCCCAUUGAGCUGGUCAUCUUCCUGCCUGCUCUCUGCCGCAAGAUGGGUGUCCCCUACGCCAUCGUCAAGGGCAAGGCUCGUCUGGGCACUGUCGUCCACAAGAAGACCGCCGCUGUUCUGGCCAUCACCGAGGUUCGCUCCGAGGACAAGAGCGAGCUGUCCAAGCUCGUCUCUGCCAUCAAGGACGGCUACAUGGCCAACACCGAGAACUCCCGCCGCCAGUGGGGUGGUGGUAUCAUGGGUGACAAGGCCAACAAGCGCACGGAGAAGAAGAGGAAGGCUCUCGAGUCUGCCAUCAAGGUCUAAGCAUCUUGCGCGAGGUCUGGUUUCAUUCAAUGGGAUAGCAUGGUUGGCCCAGGGUUCUCACCUUUUUUUUUUUUGUGUGAUGGUCACGGCGUACGGGAAAAUACCAAAACGGUUAUGGAUGACACAAUGGAAACUGCUUGAUCUGGACAACAUUCUCGGUCGCAUUUGUAUUGUGUGACAUUGCCGCCGAGUAGCCAGGCCCACUCAUGAAUACGACUCUCGAGAUGAAAAGG